AUCUGACCUCUCCGAUCUUGUAGACCUACUCACGUUGAACAGUCGCCAUGGACAAAUUCGUUGGAAAGUGGGAACAGACAGCCACAGAGAACAUGGAAAACUAUCUGAAGGCAACAGACGUUCCCGAAUCUGAUAUUAAAAAGGCAUUGGAAUUACUGGGUUCCGGUUUGCACGAGACUAUCGAAAUUUCCGGAAAUGACGUCACCAUCACUGAAAGUGGCAACACUUCCAGCAAUCAACAGGUGAAGAAAGGCACUCUAGGACAGGAAGUGGAUUUCACAUACCACUCAGGCCAAACCUGCAAGUUGCUUUUCAGUUUGGAGGGUGGCGAUUUAGUGGAGACAACAAAGGGUAAACACACCACACGGGUUGUACGGAAGGUCGAUGGCAACACAAUGACACAUCUUUUGACAGCCGGUAACGUGACAGCAACGCGAACGUUCAAAAAACCGUGAUUAGGUGGAUGUGACCUAAGGAGGAUAAAGAAUCAAGAGAACUGCAAUGUCAGACAAC